AUGGCUACCGAGCUUACCGUCCAGAGCGAGCGUGCUUUUCAGAAGCAGCCGCAUAUCUUCCUCAACUCCAAGACCAAGGUCAAGACCACCAGACCUGGCAAGGGCGGCCGCAGAUGGUACAAGGACGUUGGUCUGGGUUUCCGCACCCCCACUGCUGCCAUUGAGGGCCAGUACAUCGACAAGAAGUGCCCCUUCACCGGCCAGGUUUCCAUCCGUGGCCGUAUCUUGACCGGCACCGUCGUCUCCACCAAGAUGCACCGCACCAUCAUCAUCCGUCGCGAGUACCUCCACUACAUCCCCAAGUACUCCCGUUACGAGAAGCGCCACAAGAACCUCGCCGCCCACGUCUCUCCCGCUUUCCGUGUUGAGGAGGGCGACCAGGUCACCGUUGGCCAGUGCAGACCUCUCUCCAAGACUGUUCGGUUCAACGUUCUCCGCGUCCUUCCCCGCACCGGCAAGACCGUCAAGUCUUUCCAGAAGUUCUAA